AUGUGGUCAUCCUUCAUAUUCUGCCUAGCUCUGGUAUUGGAGGGAGUGAGAACGGAAGAGUUGCAAACGAGUGCGAGCGAGAGGCGAGCUAGGGAAUAUAACCAUCGUGGUGUGGACACAAGACAAUAUUUGGAGGAGGUGGAACCUACUAGAAAAGGCCCAGUGCUGUUCCCGAAUGACGCGCCGCCGCCGCCGCGCCCGCCGCUCGUGGUGACCUCCAGGCCUCUCCCGGAGUCCAUAGCUCGGAGUGAGCUGAACCCCGACCCUCAGACUACUGCCAGCCCCCAGAGGAACAACGUUGGAGAGGGGACGAGGGUUCAUACUGUUUAUAGACAGAGAUACCAGAACCCGGUGACCCCCACGCCUCUGAUCCUCGUGAACGCGGUGACAGGGCGGCCGGUGCCGUUCGAGGGGAAUCUGGACUACGGGGUGGGGCAGGUGCAGGUGCUGAGGCCGGCCAGGCCGAGGGGAUACCAGGUAAAGGAACCGGAGUAUUCUAAUCGGUACGAGACUAAUCACAUUGAUGACAACGAAGGUGAUCUGAGUCAGAAUUCCAACUACGCGUUCUCUUACAAGGUGAAGGACCAAGCCACAGGCGAUGACUUCUCACACUCGCAACAAAGCAGUGGAUCGGCCACCAAUGGAGAGUACCGGGUUCGACUCCCUGACGGCAGAAUGCAAAUCGUUUCUUACACUGCCGAUGAAAACGGCUAUAAGGCUGACGUACGAUACGACGAUGAAGACAAAGUAGGAAACACUGGAAAUAGGAUUGAUACUAGAGAAAAUAAUGUGAACUAUGGCAAGGCGGAUAAUGGAGUAGGUUAUGUCGGCAACAAUCUAAAUUACGAUUACAAUGUUAAUAAUGAUGCGAAAUAUAAAGUUAAUCGAGUCAAUUAUGACGGUAGGAAUGAUGCUUUUGGGUUAAAUGUUGAUGCUGCUAAUGAUGCCAAGUUUGAUUACAAUGUGAAAAAUGAUUAUAAUGUAGACUACGGACGGAAUGCUGACUAUUCAUAUAAUGAAGGUAAUUCUGUAAACUAUGAUAAUAGGAUUUAUGAUAAUGAUAGACAGUUUUAUAAACCAUCAGCACCAGUUAAGGAGGAAUACUUAGACGAAUCAAAAGACUACGAUAAUGUUGAAAACGACUAUUCAGUCGAAUACAAGGGUAAAUACGAUAACUAUGAUCCGCAUCGGACUAAAUUCAACACGUUUGCUGACACCAAUGGGAAUGAGAAACAAAACAUAAUAGUGGUGCCAAACGAAAUCGAGGGAAAAGCAGAUUUGAAACCUUCAAUAGAAGAUUUGCGAAAUCUAUUCUUGCACAGGAAACCAAUUCCAUCAACACAAGGGUAUUCGUUUAGAAAAAUACCUGUAGAAAUAAACGUGCCUUCGACAACCCCAAGAACGAAUUCUUUUGAAUCGUCAACAGAACAUGUUGUUGUAAUAGGAGGAACAAAGCCAAGUCUGUAUACUAAUGUAAGAAGCACAGUAGCGACCCCUGUAACUUCACCAUCACCUGUGUAUCAGAGAUAUACACCAAGUGAGUACUUGGCUUCAACUGUCAGUGCUUUCAGAAAUGUAGAUCUGUCCGGGCCAAAACCAGUGCUUUCUAAUAGUUUUAUUGACAGAAUUAACAGAUAUUUAACCUUCAAAUAA